CAUCCAUCUUUGAUCUCCCCCACCCACACACACAUGAUCACACUCUCUGCCUAGCUCAGCUCCAGCUCCCUUGCUUGCACACCUCUCCCUUUCCUCGCCCUCUCUCUAUCCUCCUCUCUCUACUGCACCACACUGCUAGGCGGCUAGAACAAUCUAUAUGUGAAGAGAGAGCACACGUCGAGCUAGGCCAUCAGCUUGAUCUCAGGCAGCGUGCGCGCUCCUCCUGCCGAUCCAUCCAUGUCGGGCGUGAGGCAUGACAACGGCGGCGGCUACCAGCACCACCUCUCCGGCGACUUCCAGUUCCACGACGAGCUGGCGUCGCUGUUCGCGCAGCGGCCCGACGCGUCGACAACGCCGAUGGUGCAGCAGCCGUGGUUCGCGGACUACCCGCAGGCGCCGCUGCUGGACUAUGAGGCGUUCGCGGGGGAGUUCGGCGCGCCGGCCGCGGAGGAGGUGAAGAGGGAGCUGCUGGUGGACACUGGCGCUGCUGCCGGCGUCGGGAUGCCCGGCGGUGGGGUUGGGGCGACGCCGGCGCCGCUGACGCCGAACAGCGUGUCGGUGUCGUCGACGUCGAGCGAGGCCUGUGGCCCCGGCCCCGGAGCGGGCGAGGAGUCGGCCGGGAAGUGCAAGGAGGAGUGGGAGAUGGAGGAGAGCAAAGAUGGAUCGGCGGCGGCCAAGAGGGAUGGGGAAGGAGAGGAGAAGAACAAGAAAGGGGCGGCCAAGGGCAAGGGCAAGGGCGAGAAGCGGUCGCGGCAGCCGAAGUUCGCGUUCAUGACCAAGAGCGAGGUCGACCACCUCGAGGACGGCUACCGGUGGCGCAAAUACGGCCAGAAAGCCGUCAAGAACAGCCCAUUUCCUAGGAGCUACUACCGGUGCACGACGCAGAAGUGCCCGGUGAAGAAGCGGGUGGAGCGGUCGUACCAGGACGCCGCGGUCGUGAUCACCACGUACGAGGGCAAGCACACGCACCCCAUCCCCGCCACGCUGCGCGGGAGCACACACCUCCUCUCCGUGCACCACCCGAACCUCCACCACCCGCCGCCGCCGCUACCGAUCGGUGGCGGUGGCGGUGGCCUCGCCUUCAGGCCCUGCUUCACCGCCUACGACGCGCUCGGCCUCCUGCAGCCGCAGCAGGGCCACCACCACGCCUUGCAGGAGCUGGUGAGCGGCACGGGCGCCGCCGCCGGAGUGCGUGCGCACCAGGUGAGCGCCGCCAUGUCGAGCCAUGCGCUGCCUGACCAGCAUGGCUUGGCUGCCAUUGUCGGUACGGCUGGUACUGCCACUGCUACGGCGGCUACUAGAGCUCCACUCCGGAUGCAGCACUUCAUGGCACAGGACUAUGCUGGCCUCUUGCAGGACAUGUUUCCGUCCUUCGUUCACAACGACGAUGGCGACAACCAUCACCACCCUUGAUGACUGAUGAGUUGAUGAUGAUGAUGGUGAUCGAGAUAAGCUAGCCCGAUAGAGAUUUGGUUGUUGAUAUGAUCUAGCUAGCCAGUAGUAGCAUCAGUACGUACUAAGCUGGGCUCCAGUACUAGAAGUUUCUUGUACAUGUACCUGAUUCUAAUGAGCUCAUGCUUUGCACUUAAUUUGGCUUAUGGGUGCAGUACUGCACUGUACUGUUGAGCUGUGGUAACUUUAUGCCCUAGCUUAUUCCUUUUCCUUGAAUUCAAAUUAAUAUUUAGAGAAAA